AUGGCGUCCAAAGACCCGGAAAGGGUAACUUACUUGUCCAGCCUUGUGGCCCAAAAGCCCACUUCUGUCCCAAUCGCCUCGGGCCAACAGGUCUUAAACAUUGGCAAUUAUGUGGUUAGGGUGAAAAUUGGCACUCCGGGUCAGCUCAUGUUCAUGGUGUUGGAUACUAGCAAUGACGCUGCAUGGGUUCCAUGUAGUGGCUGCACCGGAUGCUCCUCCACCAUGUUCUCACCCAACACGUCCACCACGUACGGGUCAGUGGACUGUUCAGUGCCCGAAUGCACUCAGGUCCGUGGACUCUCCUGCCCUGCCACCGGCACUAGUUCAUGCUUUUUCAACCAAUCCUACGGUGGAGAUUCAUCGUUCUCGGCUACACUCUCACGUGACUCCCUUACCCUAGCCACUGCUGUCAUUCCAAAUUAUGCUUUUGGAUGUAUUUCUGCUGUGUCCGGUGGGUUAAUUCCACCUCAAGGGUUAUUGGGCAUGGGCCGGGGGUCCAUGUCAUUGCUCUCACAAUCCGGGUCACUUUUCUCGGGCAUGUUCUCAUAUUGCUUACCCAGUUUCAAAUCUUACUACUUUUCCGGUUCACUCAAACUCGGCCCAAUAGGCCAACCCAAGACCAUAAGAACCACCCCACUCCUCAAAAACCCACACAGACCCUCUUUAUACUAUGUUAACCUCACCGGUGUAAGCGUUGGUCGGGUCCGGGUUCUUAUAGCCCCAGAGCUUCUAGCAUUUGACCCGAACACCGGUGCUGGGACCAUCAUUGACUCGGGUACGGUUAUAACCCGAUUUAUCCAACCGGUUUACAAUGCAAUCCGAGAUGAGUUUAGAAACCAAGUGAAGGGGCCAUUCUCUUCAUUGGGUGCAUUUGAUACUUGUUUUGCUGCUACAAAUGAAGACUUAGCACCGGCCAUUGUUUUCCAUUUCACGGGGAUGGACUUGGUGUUGCCUAUGGAGAAUAGCUUGAUACACAGUAGUGCUGGUUCUUUGGCUUGCUUGGCAAUGGCGGCCGCGCCGAAUAACGUGAACUCUGUGUUGAAUGUUAUAGCCAAUUUACAGCAGCAGAACCUUCGGAUUCUGUUUGAUACAGCAAACUCUCGCUUGGGGAUUGCUCGUGAGCUUUGUAACUAG